AUGUCAAAUUAUCUCCCCAUCUCUGAGCCACAGCUGAAGGAAAUACAGCGAGAAACAAAAUGUGACAGCACUUUACAAGCACUGAAAGAAAUAAUUUUGAAUGGGUGGCCAGAAAGAAAAGGGACCCUUCCUCGAUGUAUUCAUCCAUACUUCUCAAUCAGAGACGAGCUAGCAACACAGGAUGACGUAAUUUUCAAGGGUCAGAGAGCAGUUGUUCCAGAAACACUGCGCAAAAAGAUCCGGGAUAAACUGCAUGUAACACACACAGGAAUACAGAGCUGCCUCAGAAGAGCCAGAGAAGUAGUUUACUGGCCUGGCAUGAACAAAGAUCUUAUCGACUUCAUCUCGAAAUGUGAAAUCUGUAACACAUUUCAAAACAACCAGACCAGAGAGUCCCUUAUUCCUCGUGAAAUCCCAAGCCGCCCCUGGCAAAUAAUUGCUGCUGACAUUUUCACAGUCAACAACAAAGACUUCCUCUGUACUGUGGAUUGCUACUUCAACUACUUUGAGAUAGAUCGUCUAUUUUACAAAACUGCUGGGGAAAUUAAGAAGAAGCUCAAGCGACACUUCUCUACUCAUGGGAUACCAGAUACGCUCAUGAGUGAAAACGUACCUUUCUCCUCUAAAGAAUUUCAGGAUUUUGCCAAGGAAUAG